UUGUUUUUUGCCUUUAUAUAGAAGAAGGUCACCAACUCCUUGGGGAGCUUUUUCAGCAGGCAAUAGGCAUAUGCUCUAUACCCCUCUUUGCAUGUUCUGUAUAUUUGUUUUUCAUCUUCUUAUCUUCUGCUUAACUCAACAGUACUCUUUAUCUUUAUUCUAUAGUUGUUGUGGGGGAUGUGUGAAGAACCCUUAAAAAAUCAAUUAAGUCCCCUUGCAGAUUUAUCACAAGUAAAUAUGUGUUCAGAGAGUUUACCCUUGAUCACAAGUCCUCGAGUAUCGUUUUCUCGUGAUCUUGAUGAAGAAGAAACUGUAGUGGCGGAGAUGGAAGAGGAUCAAGAAGAUUCUUCAUCUAUGGAGGUCUCGGAUAUGUUUGAUGAUGAUCAUGGCCAACAAUUUGAUUUUUCUUUCAGUGAUAGUUUCACAUUUGAGCCCUCUUCUUCGUCUGCUGAUGAGCUUUUCUCCGAUGGCCUAAUUCGGCCCCUUCAACUUGAAGAAAAAUUUGUAACUUCUUCCAACCAUACUUCACUACUUCCUCCACUAACUCGUAUCGCUUCAACAGAUGAUGACAAAGGUUCAGAUCAAUCAUCAUCCAAGGAGCCUAAUACCCCGAUGACCGCGGAGUCUAGUUCUGCUACUACAAAACCAGAUGAUGUUGAAUCUGAUCAAAAGAAUCAGUCCAGGAGCAAACCCUUUUGGAAUAUCAAGAGAAGUAGCAGUGUUCACAUUGAUAACUCCCACAAAAAGAGCUCAUUUUGGUCCUUGCCACAUAUGUUAAGAAGCAACUCUACAGGAUCUGCUCCAAGUACAAGACAAGUCUCUAAGGAAAACAAGAAGCAGAGUCUGCAAAAACAGUUAAAGGGUUCAGCAGGAUCAUCUAGUUUUUAUAUGUAUCAGUUAUCUCAGAAGCCUCCUUUGAAGAGGAAUCAUGGAGGGUCUCAUGGUAAUGGGGUUUGGACUAAUCCUGUGCUUAAUGUUCCUCCUCCUUAUAUUGCCAAAGGAACUGCUAAUCUCUUUGGUAUUACUUCUUUGUUCAAGGAAAAGAAAGGAAUUAAGCAGACUAAGAAAUAAUGUAGCAUUCGAUUUUAAUAUUAUUUUCUUAGUCUUCACUUC